UCAACGUCCAAAUAACCGUUCAACGAACGUCCAUCGUUGGACCCGUGUUGAACAAUUUUGAAACAAAUUUUUGGACGUCUCAGUGGGGAUGCGAUGUGAUAAGUUAUCGUCGAUAACCGAUAAGUUUGAAUAGCAUUGUCAUGUUAUGGUCAUCAUUGUACUCGGUCCAUAUUAAAUUUUGUUAAGUGUUUUGUGAUCAAGGGAAGCGCUGAUACAUACGUCGUGUUUUAGGAAUUUCAAUACAGAAAAGCUUCUCUCGUAUUCGCUAAUCGUUUACUUGUGGUGUAUGCCCUUGAAUCGCGUCGUCAGAAUGGUUAUUAAACAUCACGUCAAAAGUUGGGAUGAAUUCACUAAACUGGCCGAGAGUCUGGAGGGAAAUGGAGAACCGGUACACGUUCUCUUCACCGGCGACAAGGACGAGAAAGGUGACAGCUGGUGUCCAUACUGUGUGAAAGCUGCCCCAGUCGUAGAGGACGCAUUGAAAGAAGCCCCGGAAAAAAGUCAUUUCAUCGCAGUGGAGAUAGAUCGCCCAUUUUGGAAAGACCUAAACAACCCAUACCGCAAGGAUCCACGUACGAACCUUGUAUUUUUGCCCACGUUACUCCGUUGGAAAUCUCCCCAACGACUGGAUGGCGAACGAGUCUCAAACAAAGAUCUUGUGGAAAUGCUUCUUUCGGAUGAAGAUUGAGCUUAGCUGUUAGUGAUUGGCGCUUCGUACUAAAACGUCUUGAUUUGGGACGAAAAAAAAUCUUAUCAAUGUAUGGCGAAGGAUUCUAAAUUGUUAAUAAAAACCAGUACCAGCUUUACCAGUAAUCAA